AUGGAAGAGUGGGAAGCCGUAGAGUACCGCCAAACACGAGCCAAAGCCGAAAGAGCUGCUACAAUCCAACAUCUCCACAUAACUGCGCAGCGUUUAUCAAUUGGUCGAUCAUGGGCUCCUUCACCUGCCGAUCCCUACAAGCUCAUUUUCGACUACUCCAAGGACAACUCUGAGGAGUUCAGAGCCAAUGAUUCUGCAAUGGUUGUAUGGUCAUCUGGAAUGUUCCAAGCAUGGUCGUUGAUGGUCGUGAAGAUUGAAAUGAAACUCGUCUUCCGCAUCAUUUGUGCCCUCCACACGUUUUCCGUAGCCCAAGAAGACGAGGAGAGGAACGGAGUCGGAGACAACCGUCCGCCGGCUGGCUCAGCCAGCCUGUGCGAUGUCGCUUUGUGCGUGCACUCCAAGUCGUACAUGACUCAUGAAGCUCCUGACCAAUAG